AAACCAAUUCUGACACCGACUAACUUUACAAAGAAAUAUGGCGGUGCAUUGGCCCGUGCGGUAAUCGCCCAACAGAAGUACCGAGUUAUAAUCAGAGUACUUGGAGACCGUACAGAUAAUAUUUCUGUAGGACAAAAAAAUUUUGAUGACUCAGUUACAAAAAAUGCUACUAAUUUAUAUGGUCGUGUUAGAAUAUCAACAAACCCCGCAAUAAGCCUUCAUGCAUUGAUGUAA